CCGGUUGCAGCACCUUUUUAUCCGGACAAUCAACUCUGCAAAGAUGAUUGCCUGCAAGACGAGGUUGUGGGGCCGCUAUGGUGCUGGACAUGCGCCAGUCACGUCGAGGACGACGACGACGCGGCCUUCAUCGUUUACGACGGCAUCGCAUCAAACCGGACUCUUCGGACUGCAGGGUUUGGUCCGUCCUGAUGAUUUCGCGGCGUUGGGUGCUCGUGCCAUCCGCGAAAUUGGCCGGUUGAAGCACCGCAUCUUGUCGACGCCUCCAGGACUGUCGACAAUUCAAGACUUGGACGCGAUUUCCAAUGAAGUGUGCAUUGUGAUCGAUGCAGCGGAGCUGUGUCGCAACGUGCACCCGGAUGCGUAAGAUGCUGGUGAUGCUAAACGAACUUGUAUUAACACCAACAAUCCCAUCACCAUGCAGGCAAUUCCGAGCCGCCGCGUCGAAUUCGUUUGCCCAAUUGUCGACGUUGAUUCAACAACUCAACACGGACACCGACAUGUACCAGCGCUUGCGAGACGUCACGGUCGACGAGUCGCUCAUGGCCACAUUCACAGAGGAACAGCGUCGGGUUGCGUUACUGCUUCGCGCCGAAUUCGAGCGCGAUGGGAUUCACUUGGACGCCAACGGUCGCGCCAACGUCAUCUCACUGCAGAAUGACAUCACACGACUGAGCUCGGAAUUCCAGCACAACAUUACCACCGUUCGAGAGCAUAUUCGGGUACCCCAAAGUGCGCUCAAGGACCUGCCUGCGUCGUAUAUGCGACACUGCUCGGUCCAAGGGUCGUCUGUGCUCGUGCCCACGGAUUCGCAUGUUAUGCACGCCAUCAUGAAAUGGAUCCCUGACCCCGCGGUGCGCAAACAAAUGUACUUAGCUGGCAACACAAGCCCCAAACAGAACCUCCACGUGCUGGAUGACUUGAUUCAAGCUCGUCACGCCGUCGCGACCACGUUAGGGUUUCCGACCUAUGCGCAUUUGGCCACCAGUGACAAGAUGGCCGAGAGUCCUGACGGUGUGGCGGCGUUCCUCGAGUCGAUUGCGUCAAACUUGAUGACCAAGGCGAAGUCGGAGCGCCAGCUUUUAGCUCAAGCCAAGCGCCACCACGAGCCUCCUAAUGCUGGAUCCAUCCAGCAGCAGCUGCGGACGUUGUUUGGGCAGACGACCAGUAGUGCUCAUGAUGACGUGGAGAGCUGGGACGUGCCUUAUUACAUGGGCAUGCUCAAAGCGCGGCACCACCACCUGGACUCGCGCGUGAUUUCGGCCUACUUUCCCGUCGACAGGUGCAUCGAUGGGCUGCGGCUCAUUUGCGACCAACUAUUUGGGGUCCACCUCACAGACACCGCCAUGGCACCGCACGAGUCGUGGCAUCCGGACGUCCGGAAGCUCGUCGUGACCCGACACGACCGGCCCGUGGGGGUGCUGUUCCUGGAUUUGUACCCACGGCCAAACAAGUACAAUCACUUUGCGCACUUUACCAUUCGAUGCGGCAAGCAACUCCCGACGCACUACCAGACGCCCGUGGUCGCGCUCGUGUGCAACUUUCAGCAGCCCACGGCCGACACGCCGCCCCUUCUCACGCAUGGCGAAGUCGAGACAUUGUUCCACGAGUUUGGCCACGCGCUGCACUCGGUCUUGUCGCAGACAGAGAUGCAGCAUGUGAGUGGCACGCGCGGUCAGCUGGACUUUGUUGAAACACCGUCGCACUUGUUUGAGUACUUUGCGUGGGACCCCCGCGUAGUUGAAACCUUCGCGAGACACUUCGACACGAACGAGCCGAUUCCACGGUCGAUGGUCGCCAAUUUGAGGGCGUCCAAGCACAUGUUUAGUGCCAUGGACACGCAGACGCAAUGCUUGUAUUCGAUGCUGGAUCUGACGCUAUUUGGGACCCAGCCGUUGCCGUUUACCCCCCCGACGACCACCCAAGCGCUGCAGACGCUGCAGAACCAGCACACGCUCGUGCCUUUCCCCACGGGGACGCACUGGCACACCCGCUUUGGCCAUUUGGUAAGUCGUUUGAAGGGUGAACAUACUAACAAGAUCAUAUUGGAUUAGGUCAACUAUGGCGCGGGGUACUACAGCUACCUGUACGCACGCGUGUUUGCGGCAGACGUGUGGCAGCACUGCUUUGCCGCAGACCCGUGGAACCCCAAGGCCGGCCAAGUGCUGUACGACGAGGUGCUCCGGCACGGCGGCGCCAAGGACCCCAUGGACAUGCUCGUCAACGUGCUCGGCCGACGGCCUACGAUCGACAGCUUCGUCAACGAGCUGGGGAUCCGCCACAAGUAACUCGUAUUCACAUCAACUACUUCUACCUUGUACUACUAUUAAUAGUAUGUAGUGCUACGUAGUACUUUGAAAUUACCAAACCCCAUAGUAAUAACGCUACUUUGAUACUGUGAA